ACAACACAGCACAAAGUCGCAACUUCCUUUGGAAACAAACCAAACAAACAAACAAAACCCCUCUUUCUUUCUUUCUUUUGAGUGCAUGGCAAUUUGGGGCUUUUCUUUGGAAUUAGGGCACACGCACAUGAUUUUGGUUGAUUGAUCCUCGCAAUCAUAAACAGUGGGGAAGAUGUAAUCCCACCGAGAUUAUUGGUUGAUUGAUUGAUAAGUGGUAAGUGGUAAGUGGAAGUGCAAGUGCAAGUGUGUGUGUGUGUGUGUGUGCGUGUGUGUGUGUGUGUGUGUGUGUUUGUGUAAGGGUUUGUGGUAUGAAGGGUGCGUUGGAUCGGACGAAGGUGGUGCUGCGCCACUUGCCGCCUUCUAUUUCUGAGGCCGCCCUUUUGUCCCAAAUUGAUGCGGCCUUCGCUGGCCGCUACAACUGGCUCUCUUUCCGUCCCGGCAAGAUCAGCCAGAAGCAUAUGUCAUUUUCUAGAGCCUACAUUGACUUCAAGAGGCCAGAGGACGUUAUAUUGUUUGCCGAGUUCUUUAACGGACACGUCUUUGUGAAUGUAAAGGGAUCUCAGUUCAAAGUCAUUGUUGAAUAUGCUCCUUCACAACGUGUUCCAAGACAGUGGUCUAAAAAGGAUCUUCGUGAUGGAACCAUAUAUAAAGAUUCUGAGUAUCUGGAGUUUCUUGAACUACUUGCCAAGCCUGUUGAGAAUCUUCCCAGUGCCGAGAUACAAUUGGAGAAGAGGGAAGCAGAACGAUCUGGUGCUGCAAAAGAUAUUCCUAUAAUUACACCACUGAUGGACUUUGUGCGCCAGAAAAGAGCUGCCAAGGGACCUAGGAGGCCACUGUCAAAUGGAAAAGUGAGUAGAAGAGCUGGCACUUCAUCAAAUGGGGGCCCUAGUUCCGCCACAUCAAGACGUGGUUCUGGAAAGAAGAGGGUUUCUGCUACAAUGUAUGUUGCAAGGGACCCAGGGAAAAGUUCUACUAUCAAAGACAAAUCAUCUUAUACUUUGGUUCCUAAGCAAGAUGAUCAGCAUCUUCCAAAUAAAGCUUCAAACAUGGCUUCUUCAGAUGGAAAUCAAACUCUUGAUGAGAAUGGAGUUUCUGGAAAUCAUGAUGCUGGGAAGAAAAAAGUACUACUUCUUAAAGGGAAGGAAAGAGAAAUAAUUACUGUAUCUGAUUUAGAUAGCAUGUCACAGCAUCACAAUGUAACAUCUUCAGCUAAAACAGUUGUUGGUUCAACAGUUUUGAAACAGAGUCAGCGGCAUGAAGGUAGUGGAAGGAUUAUCAGAAGCAUACUCUCAAAAAAGGAGUUGCAUCAAAGCCAGUCUUCCAGGGCCCUCUCUGAGCAGAAAAUCCUGACAUCCAAUCUAGAGAAAGAAAAACAGCCCCCUCGCCCCUUACAUGUCCAACUAAUUUUGAAGGGCUCUAAUGGGACACCAGAGAAUAAGAUUGGUGUGCAUGAUUCACAUGUUUCUAGUGAGAGGCAAGAGAGACAUGUUAGACAUAAAGAUAGACCUGAUCGUGGUGUCUGGACAAGUCGUUUCAAUGGAGCUGACGUGUCUUUCUCAUCUCCUGCUUCCUCACAAGUAGAUCCUUUGGAAGGAAGUCAAGCAGAUUUGAAACAUGACAUGCCAAAUGCAAGAAGUGUGGAGGUAAAAUCUUUUGGAAGUGUCCGUACCAGUCAUUCAUCAGAAAAUGGUUUCAAUAAGCAUUUUGGUCGUCGUGGACCAUCAUAUGGGGUAAAGGAUGUUGAUGGCUAUUCAGUUUCAAGUGAAGGGAAGCAUCCUAGAAGAUCUAGUACAUCUGCUUAUGGUUCCAACGAGAAACAAGUUUGGGUUCAAAAAGCAAGUUCUGGUAGCUAGAGUAUUUUGAUUGGUUGAUGAUUUUCCCUUGCAGUGGUAAGCUUGCUGACUUACAGUUUUGGAGCAUCCAUUUGCUAGCUGCUGGAUUCUGUCUCUUUUUGGUUGACAGAUUCUUACAAGUAAAUGAGUGUGUGGUUAAAAAAAAUUCUUUUACAAUACAAGAGAGGAAAGUAUCAUGAUGCAAUUGAUUUGGCCUAAAAUAUUCAGAGACAUAACUUCAUUGAAGAUGGCUCCCUAGUAAAAAGAGAAACGAAAACAGUGGUAUCACAAUUGCCUGGUGUCCCAGUUACGAGUUGUUGCUUGUUUGAAGAAUUAUGGAUAGAUUUGCAUACCUUGGCAAGUUGACCUAGUAUGAGCAUAGUCUGGGUUUAUAGAGUUAAUCUUGUGAGUGGUUUUAGUGUCAAUAUAAAUCCAGGGUAUUCUGUAUCCGUUUCCUUAGUUCCUGUAUAUGCAAUCCCCUAUUCGAGGUAUUGUGUGCCUUUUUCCUUAGUUCCUAUAUCAUUUAGCUGUCUGCCAAAUACAAUUGGGCGCUUGAAAUGAUCCUGGAAAGUUUUUGGACAAUCUUUGCUCACUACUUUGAAGCAACAUUCCAUGGAUGAUGUUUCAGGUUCGUGUCUUCGGUCUUCUGUUGACAGUGGAGUUUCUUGUAGAGCUCAGACACCUAAAUACCAUAGAUGGUGUGUGUUACUAAGGAUAAAUAAGGGUCUUGCGGGACUUAUUACAGUGUGGAUAUUGAUUUACGUCUAAAAUAUCAUUGUACAGUAUGGUGUCGCAUUUCUCAGCAUAACGUAGCUGUUACAUUGUCGGUUCUUGAUUAUAUUGUCAAUUUUGUGAAUUGCUGCCUUGGGCGCAAUUGUUAAAUUUAUAAUCCAAGUUAUGCUGUUAAAGUUUACGUCCAAUUCGGCUGUGGUAUAACUUUUAGUUGAUGUUGACAUUCCCAAGAUUUUUUUGUUCUUAGCA